ACGACGCGGUACGUUCAACGUUUGCGUUACAUUUUAGCUUAAUUCGCUAUAUAUUUCUAUUUUUACUGUGAGACUCGCACAAGUGUUUCUCCAGUUCUAUAAAUUUAACCAAUAACUCUUUCACUAGUUAGUUAUGGUUAGUCAUACAAAAAAGCCACGAACUCAGUCACCUGUCAACGUGAUGACUAAUAGUAUAAAUAUGCUCGCAACGACGAGCUGCACAACUCCCACAAAGUAUGGAAAUGAGGCACACAGCUUGCCAAUACGCCGCAAGCGUCGAGCUGCCGGUUCACUACCAUCUACUGUGGCUGAAACUGAGGGCGAAAACUUGCUGACAAACAGCAGUAGCAACGCUUCUACAAACUCAGCACUUGGUCCUGACAUAAACCUCUUCACUUCACCCUAUGUACGUGUCACAAAACUUCAGAUUCCAAGUCCAGCUCCAACACUUACUUCAGAAAUAGAACGACUAAAGCUGGCUGUAGAAGAACUGAAGACUGAGAUGCGGGACAUAAGGUGUAGAAAAGAUAUGAAUGCAGGAUUUUCAGAAAAUUUGGCCAAAUUAUCUGAACUAUCAACACAGGUUGGUGAUAUAAAAUCACAGGUCUGUGAACUUGCCCCUCUGAACAUCUUGACUAAGACCAUAAACCCUGGCGAACUUGACACAGAAUCAGUAUCUAAGAUAGACACCUUGAUAAACUUCAUCACAACAGAGGUUAUCAAAAGACUUGAUACUAAACUAAGUGUGAUUGUCUACAAUAUACCGGAUAAUGAGGGGUUGAAAAAGGUUCAAAGCAUCUUACUUAGGGCGGCGAAAAUGCCUAACUCCCAAACAAAAUGUCACAGACUGAAGAAGAGUCAGCACGACCACUGCUGUCCUAUACGCCUUCAGUUCGAAACGCAGACAGAGGCUAAAAAAUUUACCAACACACAACGUAUCCUAUUACAGGACACAAGCUACAAACAGGUAAAAGUUGUAGCAGAUAAGACAGUGAUUGAAAGGCGUGCUUACAAUCACCUUAAUAAACCAAAUGGCAGGACACCUCAAGCCACUAAAAUAGAUAUACACACUACCAACACGGUAGAACUCAUAGCCUCCCCCCUCUCUAAUCCCGUAAAAAUAGCUCCAGAGAAAAUGAAACCAAACGAAACACUUGUGAGCUAUAGUCUUACUCCUAAAGUAACCUCUCCUCCCUCUACGGUGGAUCUAGAUAUGUCUAUGGACAGCCAUAAGAUGGUAAUCAAUCCCUCUUGUAAGCUGACAACAUCCUCUCUUAACCAAAACGUGACAACGCAAAUGGAACUCGGUAACAAAACAGGCCGAAAUACGCCACUUGUUGCGAAGAUUCCCCAACAUAUUCAGACUCCCAAGAAUAUCUCACGCUUUAAGGUAAAUAAUAUUCAAAACCAUGCUAGCAACCAAACUAAAAACAAAAAUAAGGACAUAGAGCCCAAGGACAACAACGACACAACCUACUUGCAUACUGUGCCAAGUCACACUGGUAGCUGGUGUAGUGACGCUAUCACGCAAAGUAGUAAAAGUGACAACACUCGGAGCUCAGCCACCAGGCAUGACAUACAAACUAACUUUGGCAGAUUAUACGGAACAAGCCUUCUGGGAAACAAACCACAGUGCAGCUACGCACACAACGACACCCAUGUAAGGUCUCUUGGAAUGUCCACACACAGUAGGCAGAUUAACAAGUCAUGGGUAUCACAAGGUACCAAUGAUUUUUUAUCCAACACAUCCCUGUCAGCGCUAACCAAACAGCUGGUGGGGAUGUUAACCCUUCUGAACCCAUACCACCAACGUUGGCCCCCUAUCGGGAAGAAAACAGACAUGGGCUAGUACAUACGGAACUAUUAGUCACACCCAAAGACUGUACAAGCAUAUGCCAAAUAAAAACCUCAACCCAACUCUCCAACCUACCCAAGCCUAGAACCACGUCAUUGUAUAGUUUAUCUAAUAAUCAAACCCAUUACCCACUAAAAAAAACGGAUAGUAACUUGACAGACAUAGGUGGACAAACUAGUUGCAACACAGGGUUGAUAUGCCACGCGGAAACAGCGGAUGCCGAUCCACACUUGAACCUUAUUGACGAGCUUAAACACUUCAAACACUACUUCAAAUCUCAACUCUACUUAAUACUUAUUAAUGCUAGAUCUAUCCUUAACAAACUACCGAUGCUCAGGGCACACACGCUGGUAUACAAACCCCCUAUAAUCAUUAUUACGGAAUCCUGGUGUCACUCCAAUAUACCAGACGAAGAGAUAAGCAUCGAAGGGUACAUACACUUUCGCUGUGACAGGAAGAGUGGUAAGGGAGGAGGCUGCCUAAUGUACUUCCUGAACACACUUACUGUAUUACAGCUAGAAAAUAAGGAACUCAAUGACAUGCACGACACCCUAUGGGUCAACGUACACUUCAAAAGUGCUACACUACUAAUAGGAUGUAUCUACAGAGCACCUGGCACCUUUAGUGAUUACGAGACACAACUUAUAAAUGUACUGGAGCAAGUAUCCACUCUUCCAUACGAGCAUAAGAUCAUAUGUGGAGACUUCAACCUACCCGAAAUCAACUGGGACUUAUUAAAAGGGCCAACUAAAUACGACAAGCUCUUAGGGACACUGGACAUCUUCGGCUGGAAACAAACUGUCACUAUCCCUACAAGAG